AAAACAAAAUGGCAGCACCUGCAAAGAGUACGCCGCGCGAUGCACAAGUUAUGGCAGCUAUACUGAAAGAUAUGGGAGUUUUGGAAUACGAACCACGACUUAUAAAUACUAUGUUAGAAUUCGUCUACAGAUAUGUAACAGACAUUUUGGAUGAUGCUAAAGUAUAUUCAACUCAUGCCAGCAAGAAGAACAUCGACCUUGAAGACACGAAGAUGGCUAUCCAGUGUAGGAUGGACCACUCAUUCACUUCACCACCACCAAGAGAUCUUUUGAUGGAGAUUGCUAAACACAAGAAUGGCCAGGUUUUGCCGCUGAUCAAGCCCUACACCGGCCUGCGUCUACCUCCUGAUAGAUACUGCCUAUCAGCACCCAAUUACAAAAUGGCAGGCCACCGCGUUUCAAAGAAGCACCAGUCCAGGAUACAGAUUGGAAUGAAUCAGAUUUCUGGGGGAUCUUUGUCUCAUCAGCGAAUCAACAUCACACCACAUGGGAAAAUCAGUGGAGGUGGUCUCACAGUAGUUACAAAAAGUGUUUCCAUACCAACUGUUACCAUAGUAACCAAACCAUCAUCACAGCCAACAGUUCUUACAAAGCCAGCAAUAAGAAUAGCAGGAGGCGGGUCGUUGGCAUCAUUUGCACCGAAGAUGAAAAGUUUACCAUAUACUUCACCGUCCAUUUCCAUGUUAUCAUCGAAUCAGCAACUGACAACCGCACUGCCUAGCAGCCAGCCCUCCAUACGAAUACAACCCAUCUCAUCCACAACGUCUUCACUUAUAACAAAUCCCCUCAAACGUAAACAUGAGGACGAUGACUAUGACACGUAAAAUGUUAUCAUGUUGACACUGACUAUACUAGAUUAAUAGAAUCUCUCACCCCCGUUGGGGAUGAGAUAGGGGAAUCUCAACCCGAGGGGGAAGAUCCUUAAGUUGCCAAACACGAGGCUUUGCCAAGUUUUUCGCAAUUUAAGAAUCUUUCUCUGAGGGUUGAGAUUCCCCUAUUUCACUCCCAAGGGGG